AUGAGCAGACACACAUGGUUCCCUUUCCAGUACAUCUCCAAGCCCUUCUGGCGAGCAGACACUCACAACAGCACCAGCUUCCUCUCUGCGCUCUACGGCUUCCCAAACCAGUCCUUCUUCCACAGCGAGCUGGACCUGGAGGACCUGGGUGACUUUGCCAGUGGGACCAAGUAUGAGGGUGAGUCACAGAGCCAGACGGUGCAGGCACUGCUAAUAGUAGCCUACUCAGUGAUUAUAUGUAUCUCGCUCUUCGGCAACGUCCUGGUGUGCCACGUGGUGAUCAAGAACAAAAGGAUGCACUCAGCCACCAGCCUCUUCAUCGCCAAUCUGGCAGUUGCAGACAUGAUGAUCACCAUUUUGAACACCCCCUUCACGCUGGUGCGGUUUGUAAGCAGCACUUGGGUGUUUGGAAAGUUGAUGUGUCACAUAAGCCGGUUUGUUCAGUAUUGCUCAGUUCACGUCUCUGUACUGACCCUUGCUGCCAUUGCUCUGGAUCGACACCAGGUUAUCAUGCACCCUCUGAAGCCACGCAUGUCCAUGGUGAAAGGAGGGAUUUGCAUCAUUAUCAUCUGGGUUAUGGCCAGCUGCUUCUCACUGCCUCAUGCCAUUUAUCAAACUCUGGCAAGAUUUUAUAUCGGGAACAGAACAAUCCGAAUGGUCUGUCUUCCCAGCUUCCCUCCUCCUGCUGAUCUAUUCUGGAAGUAUUUGGACUUAACUACUUUUGUUCUCUUGUAUGUCCUGCCCUUGCUUGUGAUCUCCAUUACAUACACCAUGGUGGCCAAGAAGCUUUGGCUGAGAAAUGCUAUUGGGGACAUCACCAUGGAGCAAUAUUAUGCCCAUCAGCGGAAAAAGAAGAUGACACUGAAGAUGUUAAUGGUGGUGGUUGUAGUGUUUGCAGUGUGCUGGUUCCCUUUGAACUGCUAUGUGGUGCUAAUCUCCUGUAGGGCCAUCAACAGCAACAACGCUCUGUACUUUGCUUUUCACUGGUUUGCCAUGAGCAGCACUUGCUACAACCCCUUCAUUUAUUGCUGGUUGAACGAGAGCUUCCGAUCUGAGCUGAAAUCCUUGCUGUGUGUGUGCCGGCGAAGGAGUGCAGCCCAGAGCCACGCUCUGCAGUCCAUAUCCCCUCCUUUCAGGCAUGCCUGGGUUGAGAAUUGCCAUUAUAAAAGAGACAGCGCCUGUCAGAAAACAAGGGCCUCAUCCCAAAGGAACUCUGCAAAGACAGAUAUAUCCAGUGUCCAGCCAAUCGUGACAGGAAACUAAACUCUUCACCAGGCCAUAUUGUGUUAUAACUGCAAAACUGCAGAAAAAUCAGGUUGGAAGGGACUGCUGGAGAUCAUCCAGUCCAACCUCCUGUGCAAAACAGGCUAACUUUGAAGUUAGAUUGGGUUGCUCCUGACCUUGUCCAGUCAGGUUCAGAAAAUCUCCAAGGAUGGACUGCCCACAUGUUGGCCCCAGUGUGCAGUACCAGGUGCAUUGUUAAUCAGAACAGCUGGCAAAAAUUAAGCAAAGUAAUUAAUAGCACAUGAAAUCUUUCAUAGCCUACGCAAAUGUAUACACACCAACUAAUGCACACCCUUUUUAAUGGGAUAUCUGUUUAUACAUAGAGAAACACUGUGCUGGUUCCAUUUUGGAAUUUAUUUUUGAUUUAUUCAAGAUGAGUAACAUUUACAGCUAUUCUCAAAUUUAAAAAUGCAAAAUUUUAGCUCCUGAAUCUGCUGUUAUUUUUAUUACGCAGAUCUGGACAUCUGAUUCAUUCAGGUGUUUCUGCCAGGACCACAGACAGCUGUGCUUCCCAGUGACAGUUGAAGAAAUACCUCAAAAAACAAAAUGAGAACAACUUGGAAGUAGAACAGCAAAAAACUCACUCCAUUUGCAAGCAUUCACCUUUAAAUGGUUUCUUCUGUUCAGUAAGGAUUAUUAGUACUCCCGUAACACAUAGUUUAUUUUGAAAUCUGUGAUCAAGAAAGAAAUUUUUCAAGUGAGAUCGCUCUGAAGCAUUAGCCAGCUAAGGAAGCAACCCUUUGCUAAAAUAUGUACCACAUAUCAAUUUCCUAAAGACUAAACAAAUGCCCACUCACCAGCCAUUAACUGCAACUGGUUUCAGAGGAACUGUCCAAUUUUUGCACCUUUUACAAAAUUAUUUUUUUGAUAUCUUUCAAUAAUACACAGAGAUACACAUAGGAGAAAAUAAUCUGGAAGUCAAGAGUUGGUAAUGAAAGUCACUGUAUGUGGCUUGCACCAAUAACCAGUGCAGACACCAGUGUGAGUCCAGCAGAAUGAGAGUCAUACACCAGUUUGAGUCCAGCAGAGUGAGAGCCAUUUCCACCAGUCCCAGCAGGUUAGGCUGGUGACUCCCAGGCAGAUGCCCAGGCUGGAUGACAAAACCUCGUUAGGUACGUUCAAAGAAGGCCCUCAGCAACCAACAGACCUCAGAAACAGCUCCCUACCUCAUUCCUAAAUUGGGGGUGGUAGCGUGGCAGCACAGGGAUGGGACCUGGCCCGCGAGGGGCUCUCCCCAGUGCUGGGAACGUGGGCUCGUGGCAGGGCAAGUGCAGGGGGCUUCGCAUGGGGCGUGAGGGGAGGUGGACCCAGUGCAGUGCUGCACAAAUACAGCUCCCUUGAUCCACUCCCCGAAAACCUGGUUGGGAAUAAAGGGGCUCCGCAAGCAGCCAGAGAUGGUAAAGUCUGAAUUGCCUUGACAGGAUGUGUGUGGAGACCAGAGAGGUGUUCGCCUGUGGGAACCUGCCCUGCUGACAUUUGUAGGACUUCGUUAACAGUCUAGGCUUUCCCCAAAGAACUUUGCACAUUACUAUAUUUUCUAAGAAAACAUAUACUGUAGUGUUUUAACAUUGUUAAUCAGCAAUUCUUAUAAAGUGUCAACUAUUUUCAAUUCCAAUAAUAUUUUAACAGUCUUCAAGAGCUGUGUCCCUGGGCCAGACCCGCAGUCCUUACCCAGAGCUUGCCAUGCUGCCCUCGCUUUUUAGAACUAAUCAUGAUAACUGCUUGACAGCUGCUGAAGAGGGCACUUUGCUUUGUGUGAGAGGUAAAAUCUUCCAUUUUAACUCUGAGUAUUAAGAAAAGAUAAGCAGUUCUUAAGACCCACUGACUGAAGACAGGAGAAGGUGGCAUUAGAUGAAGAGAGCUUAUUUAUAAACCUUUAUAUAUUCCACCACUUCAUAAAGCAGAAUAUCUCAUAAUUGCCACAGCAAUUACCUCAAAUACUGAUAUUCCAUUCAUGCUGCUCUUGGUGUUGAUGAAGAGCUUUUAACCGUAUUUAUUCUGUUUUGAGCAGUGGCUCCAAAUACAUGAUGAAAUAGCUGAGAUUCUUCAGCGAGGAGGCAGGCAGGUGUGCAGGGCCUGGACAGCUGGUGCAGACAGCUACUGGUGCAACUGGUCACAGUGGGAGCCAGCCCCAGUCAUUUCAGAGCUGAGUUUGGGCCAGCAGUGAGAAAUAUCAAGUGAGAGCACAUGGCCAAACUGAAACUAAUGGCUUUGAAAAUCAACCAGUGUGGCACUGUUUUUUUACUCAGGAAGAAUAAUGAGUUUUUUUUUUUACUCAGUACUGGCUCAGCUUUCUUGAUUGUGAAGGAUUUAGUCUCCGUACAGUGAAAGGAAAAUGAGAUUCAUCCUUCCUAUGCAAAAUAAUAAUUACACUACUACAGCUUAGAAUUACUGCUGAAGAUUGGCAGUGCGAGUGAAAAUAUAUUAAUCUGGAAAUCAAGUUACUUUGAUAGGCACAUAAAAUGUGAAUGUGUAACCUGAUAGUGUAUUUGCAUCUAAUGGAGAAACUGUGAAGCUGAGGAAAGACUAAGUAAAAUGCAAUUCUUACUUCUUACUAAGGUAAUUACAGCAAGCAGGAGAGGAUAGAAGUACACCACACAAAAAUAGUGAUCAUACAUUGCUUUGAAUACUGCAUAUACACUGGCAUAUUCAAUUCAAACCAUUUAAGUAAAUGUUCCCUGUUAGAAAUAGCGAUAUUUUGCUGUAACCCAUCAGGACCACAUUUCUACAGGGAUUAUUGUGCAGAAGGAUCUGCCUAGGGAAAGAAACUGAAUUAGAAAACCUUUUCACAGAGAACAAGCACCUGAGACUCAUAUAUCUUCUCCAAUUCACCUGCAAGAAACCUGCUUAACAGACAGUAUCGCGUGGGCUUAUAAGCGCUUUCUUGGUUAACUUGGUUUGUGCUAACAGACAAGCGUGAGCGGAGAUCUGAGCAGAGCUGGCACAGCAGAGGUAAGCACCUGGAUCUCUCAUUUUACAUUACCAGCAAAUAACAACAUAAACCUGAUCCUACCACUAGCUUUCUUUUUAACAGCUGGAAUACUUGGGAUUUGUAGUGCUGCAAAUGGCAUUUCCAUAAUGUAACUGUUCAGGAAUGUUUCUAGAAACAUGAUGUCUGUUGUUAAAAUACAACAUUGUUCAAUCAGUAA